GCCAAUGAGCGGCGGCGGGAGGUGAAAUCCGGUUCUAACCGGUCCGGGGCUCCCAGCGCUAUAAAAACUUUAUAAACCCCCCGGAGCCCGAGCAGUGUGAAGAAGAGGCGAGAGCGACCCCUGGACCGAUUUAAAGCCAGCGCGCCACUGCAUCCCCGUGUCCAGCGCCUACGUCCCGCCGCCGCAGCCACCAUGCCCAAGAGAAAGGCUGAAGGGGAUGCUAAAGGAGAUAAAGCCAAGGUGAAGGACGAACCACAGAGAAGAUCUGCAAGGUUAUCUGCUAAACCUGCUCCUCCAAAGCCAGAGCCCAAGCCUAAAAAGGCCCCUGCGAAGAAGGGAGAGAAGGUACCCAAAGGGAAAAAGGGGAAAGCUGAUGCUGGCAAGGAUGGGAAUAACCCUGCAGAAAAUGGAGAUGCCAAAACAGACCAGGCACAGAAAGCUGAAGGUGCUGGAGAUGCCAAGUGAACAUGCAGGAUCUUUAGUUGCAGUAUGUGGAAUCUAGUUCCUGGACCAUCGAUCGAACCCAUGCCCACUGCAGUGGAAGUGUGGAAUCCUAACCACUGGGCCACCAGGGAAGUCCCUCAUUUAAUUUUACUUAUGUAAAAUAAUUAUGUAGUUCCAGGUCUAAUCUUUAAAAUAUACUCAGACAAGUCUAAUUUCUGUUCCUGUAUCAUCCUCUGGCUUCCAGGGUGGCUCAGUGGUAAAAGAAUCCACCUGCCAAUGCAGGAGACAUCGGUUCUAUCCCUGGGUCAGGAAGAUCCUUUGGAGAAGAGAAUGGCAACCCACUCCAGUAUUCCUGCCUGGGAAAUCACAUGGACAGAGGAACCUGGCAGCUACAGUCUGUGGGGUCGCAAAAGAGUUGGACACGACUGAACGACUAAACAACAUCCAAUCAUCCUCUACCUUAUGCCCUCGCUUCCUGUUGAGGGACUUUUUGUUUAAUUUUUUUCCUUAAAAUUUUUUAACAGAUAAAUAAUGUGAUAUUC